CGCUUGAUUCAUCUCAUGCUCUCAGCAGCCAGCCUCACGAUAGGGAGGGUGUGCUAUCUCUGCGCCAGGUUAUAUCAUCUCUCGUACCUGCCCCAAAUCUGCAGAUUUUCAACAAUGGCACCCAGUGCCCCAUCAGUAACACUCAACAAUGGGCAGACGAUGCCAAUUAUAGGUCUUGGCACUUGGAAGUCAAAGCCUGGUGAGGUAACACAAGCUGUCAAGGAUGCCAUUGCCUGUGGAUAUCGUCAUAUAGAUGGUGCUCUUGUUUAUGGCAAUGAAUGUGAAGUCGGUGCUGCUAUUAAGGCGAAGAUUGAGGAUGGGACCGUGAAACGGGAAGACCUUUUCAUUACUAGUAAGCUGUGGAACACCUUCCAUAGCAAAAGCUUGGUGAUACCUUCACUGAAGGAGUCGUUAAGCAAUUUGGGGCUUGAUUACCUGGACCUGUACCUCAUCCACUGGCCAUUGGGCUACAAGGAGAAUGCUGAACUUUUCCCCAAGAAUGAAGAUGGAGAGAUUUUGUAUUCUGAUGUUGAUUACCUGGAAACCUGGGCAGCUGUUGAGGAGGCUGUGGACAAAGGUCUUGUCAGGAGCAUUGGUGUAUCCAAUUUUAACAAAGAUCAAGUUCAGAGGAUUUUAAACAAUUGCCGCAUCAAGCCUGCAGUUAACCAGGUUGAGUGCCAUCCCUACUUGAACCAGACAAAGUUGAUUGAAUACAGCAAGUCCAAAAACAUUUAUAUCACUGCUUACAGUCCUCUAGGAUCUCCUGACAGGCCUUGGGCCAAACCAGAUGACCCUUUGCUGAUGGAUGAUCCUAAGGUUGUGGCCUUAGCUGACAAGUACAAGAAAACAUCUGCCCAAAUUCUUAUUCGCUAUCAGAUCCAACGUGAUGUCAUUGUCAUCCCGAAGUCUGUCACAAAGUCCAGGAUUGAGUCCAACUUUCAGGUAUUUGACUUCAGUUUGUCAGAUGAGGACAUGAAGACCAUUGACACCAUUGAUUGCAAUGGGCGUGCUCUUCACCUCAACUGGGUAAAGGAUCACAAGGAUUGGCCAUUUAACACAGAGUUUUAGACCAAGUACUUCACCUCUAUCACCUCUAUUUAUAAAAUGUUAUCAUACUGUAAACUUAGGUGGUGUAGAUAAAACAAUGUAUUAAAAAAAAUCUAACUAGAUUUGUGAAGUACAGUAAUAAAUUUCAGUGUCAAAGGUU